AUGUGUCUGAUCGCUAGCAGGUCCACCGAGCUCGCUCUCGUCCACGAGCGGCGGAGGACCGAGCGCCUGUCAAGUGCCAGACGACGCGUCCUCGACGACGACGACGACGACGACGACGACGACGACGACGACGACGACGACGACGACGACGACGACGACGACGACGACGACGACGACGACGACGACGACGACGACGACGACGACGACGACGACGACGACGACGACGACGACGACGACGACGACGACGACGACGACGACGACGACGACGACGACGACGACGACGACGACGACGACGACGACGACGACGACGACGACGACGACGACGACGACGGCGAUGAUGAUUGA